CUUGGGAGCCAACGCUGUAGGCUUGCAACAAGCAUGCCCAAAGCUCACACGUGGGGCCUGGAGCCACGGAGGAGAAGGAGGCGCGUAAAAAACCACACACUGGGAUACGAAACAGAGGCGGGGAGAAGGAGAAAGAGGAGGAGCCCGGCGCCUUUGGCUCCGCCAGAGUCUGAACGCGGGAGGAAAAGGAGACAAGGCUGCCUCCCUCCCUCUCCUUCCCUGCCCUGGCCCCCGAGAGCGCUUAACGGGAUGCCAGUGGGCGACAUGGGGAAGCCACUGCUGGGCCACCAGAAUGGAGGCAGCGACCCAAGCCUGGUCCCAGGAACCAGUGGCAGGACAAUUGGGGUCCUGGGAAGUGGAGACUUUGCCCGCUCCUUGUCCAUGCGCCUGGUGUGCUCCGGUUUCAAAGUGGUGGUUGGAAGCCGGAACCCCAAGCGCAGCGCCAGCCUCUUCCCUUCAGCUGCUGAAGUGACGUUCCAGGCAGACGCUAUCAAGAAGACAGAUAUUAUCUUUGUAGCAGUUUUCAGAGAACAUUACACCACACUCUGCGACCUCAGCGAUGAGCUGUCUGGCAAAAUAUUGGUUGACGUUAGCAACAAUGCGGAAAUAAACCAUCACAAAGAAUCAAAUGCAGAGUACUUGGCAUCACUUUUCCCAGCGUGUACUGUCGUCAAAGGAUUUAAUGUCAUCUCAGCAUGGACCUUACAGUCAGGCGCCAGGGAUGGCAAUAAACAGGUCUACAUUUGCUGUGACAACCAGGAAGCCAAACGUGCCGUCGGGGAAAUUGCUCAUAUGCUGGGCUUCACACCCGUGGACAUGGGUGCCUUGGUCUCAGCCCGUGAGAUUGAGAACAUCCCCCUCCGCCUCCUCCCUGCUUGGAAGAUCCCUGUCUUCUUGGCCCUGGGUCUCUUUCUCUGCUUCUACACCUACAACUUUAUUCGACAGGUUUUGCACCCAUACAUCCUGGAUAAAAAGAAUAAGUUCUAUAAGAUGCCCGUGGAGGUCGUCAACACCACCCUGCCUUGUGUCGCCUACGUCAUGCUCUCCCUUGUCUACCUGCCUGGAGUGCUGGCCGCUGCCUUCCAGCUCUACCACUGCACCAAGUACAAGCGUUUCCCAGACUGGCUUGACCAGUGGUUGCAACACAGAAAGCAGAUAGGGCUGCUGAGCUUCUUCUGCGCAGCUCUGCAUGCUGUGUACAGCUUGUGCUUACCCAUGCGCCGGUCCCACCGGUACCUGUUACUCAAUGAAGCUGUCAAGCAGGUGGAGAAGAAAGCCGAUGCCUGGGUAGAGGAGGAAGUUUGGAGAAUGGAGGUCUACAUUUCUUUCGGCAUCAUGGCCCUGGGCUUACUCUCAUUACUUGCCAUAACUUCACUUCCUUCCAUCUCCAACUCACUCAAUUGGAGAGAAUUCAGUUUCAUUCAGUCCAGCCUUGGCUUUGUUGCGCUGGUGAUCAGCACUCUCCAUACCUUGACAUAUGGCUGGGGAAGGGCCUUCGAUGAGAGCCAAUACAAGUUCUACCUGCCUCCUACCUUCACCCUCACACUGCUGGUGCCGUGUGUCAUCAUCCUGGCUAAACUUUUCUUCCAUCUUCCUUGUAUGAACGAAAGACUGCGGCGCAUCAGGAAAGGGUGGGAAAGGGGCAGGCCAACUCAGAACCUAAUGGAGACCCUGUGAUAUGGAUCCCUAAAAUAUUGGAAAACUAAUUUUCUUCUCCAAAUCAAGUUCUCACGUUUCUUGGCACCAGUAUGUAUAGCGGUCAAAUGAGGAACAGAUUCUUCAGCCCAGGAACAUGUGUUUCAUGAGUCAGGCAUGACCUGGCCACAGCUGUAAUACAACAAAACUGACUUUGAAGAACCUCUAUAAAGAGUGGCGAGACCGUUGAACAGCCAAUGCAAAUUGGAAUGACGCUGUUUCAAGCUCCCAUCUGUGUUGUCCAAACUAAACUAAAAAUCAUAGUGACACUUUGUUACCAAGCUUAACGCAAAUGGAGGCUGACAGCUGACAUUAUCAUAUGAUCAAUGGCACUGCAGAUGUUUUCGGCUGAAGUUCAAAACAUUGGGAGGUACAGAUAUGGAAAACCACUCAACUAUUCAAUCAGGGGAAUAGGCUAAUUGCUUGACUAUAACCACCAUAUGUGUAAAAAUGGUUUUCUUGUGUACAUACAUGUCAACACAAUCAACAGAUAAUAUAUGUAUCCAUUUCACCACCACAUAGCAACCCUCCUGAACUUUUUGGAUUAUAUCUUUUAAUACAAGGCCCACUAGUUGUUACCUAUCGCUACCUGCAUACAGCUAGAAUAGUAGUCAGGCCUCUGGUGUUUUCCCCAUUUUUUAAGGAGAAAUGACACUGUGAUAUAUAGACAGAACUGUUCCCCACUAGCCAAUUCUGUGGGAUCACAAGCACCAUCUACACAUCUCAUAAGCACAGUGGCAUCACAAGCACCAUCUGCACAUCUCAAAACAACAUUUUAUUAUCUGCCGUCUUAUGUGUUCAAUAGGAACCCCAUUUUAUCACAUAUUGCAGGAUCGUGAUUGUCAAAAUUCAAAGGAAACAUAAACGUACAUAUUACACAUGGGGUCUUGAAUUUCCUCAGAUUCAGUUAUUGAGGAAAUGGAUGCAAAAGUUGUUCACAUAGAAACAUGGGAUGAAAUAUGACAGCGUCCCUUUAUGUUACUCUCAGGCAAAAUGUCAGGAAAAUCUUUUAAAACUAUUUGGCAAUUCUGCAAGGGUUUCUUGGUCAUGAGUCCCUUGCAUUGAAGAAUUAUAGAUGUUAGACACUGAGUAAAAUUAUGGAUGUUGGACACUGAGUUAAAGCAGUAGAAACAGUACAAAUGAGCAGAUAGUGGGUUGAGCGAAUUAGCUUCCUCCCUACCCUGAAGUUUUUUUAGCACAAAUGUCAGCAGGCAGUGCUGCUGGUGCAUGCAACUGACUGCAGGGAACCAUCCAUGCAAACUGAAACUUCAGUAGUAUAGGAUUCAAGCUCUUAGGAAGUAUGUAGGCAUCCAUCUAUAUACAUAAAGCUGCCCUUUUUUGCACACACUGGAUUAAGUCUAAUUGACACACCCUUGCUAGGUAGAGCCGUUUGGCAUGGGCCUGAUCCCCACUUAUCAGCUUCCAGCUCACCAAAGGUUUGGGAAAUCUUGAAGUGGACCAUAUGGAACUCUGAAAGGUAUCCAAAACACUUGCACAGUAGAAGAAUCUGACAGGCAAACAAGAACUCUUUUACACUGUUUACAUGAGCUGACCUUGCUACAUAGAUAUAGUUUUCAAGUAAUCUAAAAUGUACUGCUCUUGUGUGAUCAUAACCCUAGAGCGGUGUUUUUCAACCCGUGGGUCCCCAAGUGUUUUUGACCUACAACUCCCAGAAAUCCCAGCGAGUUUACCAGCUGUUAGGAUUUCUGGGAGUUGAAGGCCAAAACAUCUGGGGACCCACAGGUUGAGAACCACUGUCUAAAGACUGUGGAGCAAAAUAUCCUUUCCCCAUUGAUCUUACUUGUAGCAAAGUGCAAAGCAGCUUCAAAUACAACUAAGGGAUGAAUGAGAAGACUCUUCAACUUGGCUUGUGGCUUUUCUGUGCUUCUUUUGGGGGAGCUCUGUGGCUAUUUCAUGUCUCCAAAAUGUAUGGUAUAUCACUCUCGUUAAACCAUGCUUAACUAUGCUAAGAGAGGGUUUAUAACGCAUACAGUUCUACACAGUCUUGUUCAGAACCUAUGUUACAUAGUAUGGCUGCUGUGAACUGUGACAUCCCCUCUUCCAAAAAGUUUGUAUUAACCUUUUUAUCAAGGCUAGUAGCAAAACCAAGAAAGAUUUUUUAAGAGAGGUGAUUUGAACAAUUUAUACCCAGUGGGUAAUAGAAACCAAAGAAAGCUGUGACUUCCAGUCAUACUGUUAAUGCUAGAGGUGAGGUAGAACCCCUCCCAAAGCUAUCAGAUAUAUUAGGACAGUGGUUCUCAACCUAUGGGUUCUCAGAUGCUUUGGCCUUCAACUCCCAGAAAUCCUAACAGCUGGUAAACUGGCUGGGAUUUCUGGGGCUUGUAGGCCAAAACACCUGGGGACCCACAGGUUGAGAGCCACAGCAAUAGACCAUCUGAUCCAACAUAUCAAAAGAUGCACAUAUAGUUACAUUCACACACAUUUGUCACAUUUCCUCAAUAAUCCCAACUGCUUUUCAUGCAAAUAUUGAAAUGGCCAAGUUUCACAACUCAUCUAGAUGUCUGCAAGAAUUUGAAAAAUAAUUCUGAUCCAGAGUGAGCUUUUCAAAAAAAAAUUUGAAAGAAGAAACACAAUGUCCUUUAUAAAUACUUUCUGCAUAGUUAAUUAUAAGUACUGGGAGAGAAGGAUUAUGUAAGCUCGGAUAAAAAUAUACCAAUGUUAUUUCUCUAUUUGUAUUCUGUAUGGAUAUACUGCUGUGAUAUAAGAGAUACAGUCUAUUGCCUGUAUCAGUGUUUUCUGCACUGCCUAAUUUGUGCCUUGAGAGUUUUAACCAGCUACUAUCCUGCUUCCAAAUAAGUCUUUUGUUCUUGUUGUCAUUGUGUAUAAAAUACAUAACUGGAACAUAUCCAUGAAAUGGAAACUUUGAUGCUAGCUGUUAUUUGCUAUCUAUCCCACCAAUAUUUACAGUAAAAGGCUAUUUCUAAAGUC